CGUACUUACUACUCUAGUACUUUCAGCCGGUUAAAAUGUUUUAAGACAAGUUCUUACUCUGGCUUACCCCUGAAAAAAUAAAACUAUUCAAAUAAAUAUUUAAACUCGAAAAAUAAAGUUCUUCGAUUUUUUUUUUUUUUUUUUUUCAAUCAAUUCAAUGUGAUUUUUUAAAAGAUUUUACCCUCUAGUGCUGUGUAUUUAUUUAUUUAUUAUUUAUAGUCAAUUCGUGAGCUGUGAUAUGUUGAAGUUGGAUUAAAUUUAUUUAAUUAAGAAUGGCGAGGAGGUCUUCGUGGUUUGCGGUAGCCCUCGUGUUGGCUCUGCUAUUUGUCACGAGUCACUGCUUGCGUGGACCUGCCACUCGUGAUGAAAUCCGAGACACGACUUUGCGAAGUCGAGGAGUUUCUCGAUUCAGUACCAAGGCCGCAGAAGGACUCGAGACCACCCCCGAGCCUUUCACCAGCACAACUAGGUCACCACGUCGGGGUACCAAAAUCACGAAUCGUGCGAACGCUUCCAUUAAUCAACGAUCGAAGCUUGAAACAACUGAAAAAAGUAACACAAUUACUGAAAGAGUUACGCAAAACCUGGGAAGGCGAAAACCGUUUAGAAGUGACUUAUCUAGAGCAGCCAGUGAGGACCGACGAUAUUUGCCUGAGCCUUCAGCUAACAGAGACAACAGAAAUGAAGAAUUACUUCUGGAAGCUCCCGAUGUGACGCAAGUAAGCAGUAGAAGUCAAAGAAAUUUUCCAGCGCGAAAUUCGCGUGCUGAAUUUCAGAGACGGAGCGAUUCUGUUGAUCCAAUUGACGAUUCUACUGAAAACCCGAGAUCUAGAAGUGGAAGAAAAAUACGACCGACAGCACAGACAGAUUUCAAAGAGUCUAGCAGAUUUUCUUCGCAAUCUGGCAGAGUUGUUAAGAGUGAUGUAAGACGCAGCACUGAAAGAAACUUCAGGAGACACGAUAGCGAUUUAUCAAAUUCCAAUCAAGUUAAUGUCGGGAUUCCUUUUUCAACUGAGGUUCCAACUCCUUCAACCACGGCGUCAAGAAGUAGAAAAGCUCAUGAAAGAACAAGAAGUCUCGCAAAUGAUAAAAGUGAAACUUUGCCAAAUCUUGGGCGUGGAAGCAAAAGAAUUACUAGUAAAAAAGUUGAUGGAAUUGAUGGGAAUUCACUUGACGAAUUUAAGGAUUCGAAACGUAAGCCGGAAGAAAUAAAGCCCCGAAAAUCUUCAAAAAGUUUGGAAUCAACUUCUGGGUCGGGUAGGCGAAGUCGUGGACGAAGUCCAGAGCCAAGAAGUGAAACGUCUGACAAGUUUCAAGUCGAAGCGCGUUCUCGUGAUGUUGCGUCAGAUAAAAAUAAACUGGAUCGACGCGGAAGAGUUUCCGAUAAAGUAAAACUUGUGAAAUCAAAUUAUCUUGGCACUGGGUCAUCGAGAUCUCGUUCUAGAUCACAAACUAAACAAUCUGUUUUAUCAUCUACGGAAUCUUCGAAAGAGUUUGCCACUUCGACAACUUACUCUUCAACUACUUUGCUCGAAGAAGCAACAACUUUAUUUCCUUCGACACUGCAACCACCAACAGAGUCACCGAGUAUUCGUCGAGCAUCAAAAUUAGCACCGAAAAUACCGCCCAAGGAAGAUUACUUCAAUCGAGGUCUGGGUUUUCGCGGCCGAAAAUUUGCCACGUCUACACCUAAUCCUGCAACUACUACCACGCCUUCACCUAUUCCAAGUUCAGCCCCCUCAGCUCGCUCACCAUCUGGAUGGACAUUGAAUCGGCGGCCAUAUGCGAAGAACAGUACAGUAGAUCUACUGACCACAACUACCAAUCCAACAACAACAACGCCAGCAGCUACAACUAUUAGUAAUGAAAUCCCCUCUAAUGAUCCCGUAUCAACAACAUCACGGCCGCGAGGGAAGAAAGUUUUCAAUAAAGCUUCGAUAAUCUUAAAAGUGGACCGAGAGAUUGACGAUAAUGAUAAUUAUCCUCCAGAAUUCAAGGCUAAACUUGCGCAAUUGAAAAAUAAUAGCGUGAAGGAAUCAGGGUCUGAGUCUUCUCCAAGGGUCACUAAAGAUGUCACUAUUUCUCGUCAAACGCGCUCGAUAGAGCCCACAGACCUACUGGGCAAACAUUCUGAGGUCAAUGAUUCUCCGGAAGGUACAAAUUCCUCGGCGACCCCAUUUGCGAAGCUGGAAAGUUACAAGGCAAAUGAAGGUCCAAAAAAUCUAGAAGGGAAUACGAGUUUUGCUGCGAGAUCAAGGCAAAAUCUGGCGAAUGCACAGCGACAAGCCAAGCCGGAAUCGGAACCUUUGAAAAGUUCAUCACCUCCAGGCGCCUCUAAGAGAUACGGAAGUGGUAAAUUAACAUCAACAACUCCACGAAUUAUUACUGUAACUGUUCCAAAAGACGACGGUUUUACGCGUACCAGCAAAAGUAUUGAACGAGGAAGUACGAGGGUUGGAGAAACUACGCGAGUUCGACAGUAUCGAAAGCAAGGAACUACUAAUGAACCUGUUUCUGCUGGUAAAGUUGACCCGACAACUGAAAGAAUUAAAGCGAUGAGACGCACGACUACUGAACGGAUCAAUGAUCAAAUGAUAACGACAGAAAAAACGAUUCAUACUACUAGAAAAUCCCGAGCAUGGAAUUCUGCUUACAUUGAUAAAAAUUGGCAAGAAUCAACUUCAAAGUCAACAAACGCGGAAAAAGUAACGACGCAAAGUUCCGUUGAUUCUUUGCCGAAAUUAAACAAGAGACCCAGACCUUGGAAUGCCGCUUACAUUGAUAAAAAUUGGCAAGAACCAGCUUCAAAGCCGGCUAAUGCAGAAAAGAUAACUGCUGACGACUCUCACCCUAUUAAUUCUUCGUUCAAGCUAAACAAAAGACCGAGAAAUUGGAACCCUGGGCACGUUGACAAAACUUGGCAAGAACCAACGAAAGCUGAUAGAACUACUGAAGCUACUACCCCGAAUUCGUCGAAUAAAUUUGAGAAGAAAGCUCCCAAGUAUGUGGUAAGUUCUACCACUGAAAAAUUGCAGACGGAAAAGUCUUUUAAAAUUAAAGAUAAAGCACGAAGACGUGACUUUCGAUCAAGAACGGCUACGUAUCGUCGUCAUCUCGAGUCACCGGUAUCGAGGAAUUCGCAAGAGGUAACUGCCAACAGCAAAGAUCGAAAGACGUCUGCGGAAUGGCUUGCAGAAGUUAAUAAGCUUACGGAAUCGGUUCAGGUAGUGACGCCGGAGGUAGAAAAGAAAGAACUUCCAAGUGUUGCUAUAACGCCGCGAUACCACGCGUUGAUUAAAACUGAGAACUCGACACAGCAGUCGGUAAAACAUGAACCUGCGGUGAGCUUACUUUCGAAUGCAACUGAUAGUAAGGUCGAGUCUGAGGCUCAAGGAUUAUCCAACUCAACUGGUAUUUCUUCGAGCAGUCGAGGUACCAGCGGCAAUUCUGAUUCUAAUAUUUUUAAUCCGACCAAAACUACUUAUUUGAUCAGCUCUAAUGCUAGUUUGUUAGAACAACUUAGGAGCACUGUUGCACCACUACUCAGUGUUUUGGGUGCUAAAACUCCAGAGUUUGCUACUGCUUAUAGCAAAGUUAAUAAUGUGAGUUUAUCAGUACCCAGAGUAACUCCAAGUGGAUCUCCACCGCGAUUCAGCGCCAAAUACCGAGGGGUUGAAUUUUUCGUCCGAAAACCGAGUGAUACUAAUUCAACGAGAGUUGACUCAACAACUCCACUUUCAAUUGAUCAGGCCAAGAAGCCAUCGAUACCGGUCUCGAUAUCGAGCCCCGGUGAGCCCAAAGUACUAACUUAUUACCAAGCCCUGGAGACAGUCAACAUAAAUAAUGAAAUAGAACAGCAACUAGGUGGGAUUGGCAAGGACGAAAUGACAUCAACCGCUCAAACGACACCAAGUUUUCAACAAACUACUACUUCUACCACCACCACCACCACCACUGAACUCCCUCUGUCAACGACUAGUCCUUCGUCAGAGUCAACAACAUCUAUUCCUGAUACGACAAUUCCUUCCUCAACCUCUCAAGCUGAUAAUUCUCUUCCUACCACAACAGAACUUCCCUCAUCUGCCACAGAGUCGACAACUAUUCCUGUCACUGUCCAAUCAUUACCAUUAUCAUCAUCAUCACCAUCAUCAUCAUCAUCAAGUAUGUUGAUUGCAACAACAGCGAGUCCAGAAAUGAUGUCAUCAACAGAAAUGCCAACCAAACCAUCACCAACAACAACUUCAACAACAAUGUCAUCAACAACAGCUUACUUUGGUCGUUUUGGCGGCUCAAGAAUGACUCCAGCACCUCGCUUAAGCUCCAGUUCAUCAACGAAAACUCCUCUCCGAGAUUACCACGUCUACGGGAUCUACCCAAACAAGACGAUUGUCCGAAAACGACCGGAAGACAACCUGAUAGACGCCCGGAACAUCGACAGCCCGUACGUGAUCUUCGGGAUCUUUCCGGACGGGAAGCUGGUCCGGAAGUUCCCGAAUGGAACGGUAAUACCGGACCCGCCGAGCAACCCGGUAGAAGUUGUCUUUUCGCUUAGCACAAGCACAACCACUAACAGGCCCACGCCCCAGACCCAGGUUCUUCUCCAAAAUAAGAAUAACAAUAACAACCAGGCUAAUAACGUUAAUCAACCAAUGAAUAAUAACAAUGGUAGUGCCACCGCGAGCUCUAAUAAUCGUCCGGGAAACAUGACUCUACUCACCAAUGUUAGUGGAGACCAGAUCAAUGAUGGUUACCGAAGCCGGAUUAAUCUCGGACUAGCCGAUAAUUCUAUCAAUUAUAAUGGAGCUGAUGAAGACCCUAAUCAAUUUGCUGACCCUACUUUAUUGCCCGGCAUCGGUAACGUCAAUACCCAGCCCACCACUACGACAAUGGUAACAGACGCGUCGUCGCGAACAGCCGGACCACCUUUGGGCGCGACACCCUCGAGCGUAAAUUCGCAGGGUGGUCGUAUUAUUCAGGACAUUGAGAGGGACAAGGCCAGCAGGACUAAAGAGGCCGGAGGUCAACGCAGUACCGUGUACAUCGGACAGGAGAAGUUUAUCAACUACUGGACCAAUGACACUCAGCCGUCAAAUAAUUCACGUAUCGUGAGUGUUGAAAUAAACUCUAUUUCUAGCGCCUCCCAUCAGGGUCCCGAUGCAGGUUCACUACCGUCGUUGGAUAUUCUAACGAACAAUAAUAUCCAAGGGCAAGGGACAACUGCUCAGGCCAACAACCGGUGGAAAGAUCCUUUGGAUCAGAUCUUUGGUAUAACAACUAGACCGUCCGUUGCAUCUAACAUUUUACAGGACGAGUCGAGAUCGGCGAUCACGGCGCGUCCCAUAAAUCCACUCUCGGAGGUCCUCACCCCCGUGUUGGACGCCAACCAGUUGGCUCGAGACACUUCGAUCACGAUCACUGAUGCAACCACCAAUACAACCACCAGCAGCAGCACCACCAGUACUACUUCUACUACUACAACGCCAGCUACUACGACGACGACAACGCCAGCUAUUACGACAACGACAACACCAGCAACGACAACGACAACAACAACAACAACAGCUGCACCAACUACUACUACUUCUUCUUCUACUUCUACAACUACAACCUCUACUACUGCGGCAACGACAACAUCUUCGACAACGCCGCCUACCACAACAACCACCACGACAACAAUAGCUCCAACUAGCAGACCAACCACCACAGUCGCACCAACUACUUUACCACCAUCGUCAUCGGCACCACCGACCACCAAUACAAUCAGUGAAUCAACACUGUCACCGUUUACGACGAUAGACGUCCCUCAUCAAACUGCCUUUGGAAGUACUUUUGAUGAUCUUGCUUUUCUUAAUUCAUUGCUUCAAUCAAGUGAUAACUCGAAUUCAAUAGGCUCUACGCCAAAGACGUUAACCGAAGUCGAACGGCAGUUAGCAAACAAGAUUUUAUCGUUAGCCCUGAGUAAAGUAGCUGGGCCAACACGUUCACCAAAAGCCAUUCAACCAUCAAAUGUUUCGCCGAAUUCAUUGGACGCAUUUCCUCGCCCGAGUUUCGGUCACUCGUCGUCGUCACCGAUAAUAAUCGAUUUACUGGAGCCGACAACGAAAAAACCAGUAGCGAGAAUCACGACUCGAGAACCAUUCACUUGGAAACCGGUGACUGACGUCACUUCAACCACACCAACGACCACGACAACCAGUUCCAAACCUACUGUAUCAACUACAACCACCACUACAACUACAACAACUCCAGCCACUACAAGUACAAGUACAAGUACCAGUACGACAAGCACAUCAUCAACAACAGUGACACCUUCUACCCAAGUUACGUGGAAACCAUUUCCAAAGCAACCACCUACUUUAAAACCCAUAGAAAGUAUUCCUGUUACUAAACAAACUUCUGUAAAAGCAUUCACGGGAAAACCGAUAAAUAGACCCAAGCCAACGACACCACCACCGCUCGGUUUCGGUGCCGGUUUACUCCAAGCGAUAUUUGGCCGCAAUAUUUUCGCUCCACCGACAACCCAGCGACCCGUUAUCAGGAAGCCCGUGCAGACUACUACGACAACUUCUAAGCCGAUACAAAUAACCGAAUUAGUUAUUCCCACUGCAGCUGUCCGCAAUCAAGUCCAGGCGGCCUCUCAGCAUGUGAACGAUGUCAGAUUGUUGAAUUCUUUGUUGGGAGACACCAAAGUCUCCACGUCGACUUUUUCUCCGGAAGAUGACGCUAAAUUUUUACUUGAACUCCUGAAGGAUUCAGAAAAAAAUGCUGGUAAAGGCGUGAAGGGAUCAAGUGUUCUUUCGCAAGAUGAUGAAACAUUUCUCCGAUCGAUUCUCAGUGGUCAGGCUAAAGUCCGUACACCUUCAUCAGUUUCCGGGAAUUCAGAUUCCAAUAAUGCCGCAUUACUUGCUCAACUUUUGAAAGUUCAGGGUAUUGAACCAUCCACUCCCGCAAAUCGAUUACAAGAACAACUUCAGGGUAUUAAAGUGACUUCAAUGCCGCCAGUACAAACAACGGCUAGAGUUAUUGCGACUACUAAAAAAUCAGUAACCAGGCCAAGGCCCUCUGAUUGGCAACCAAGUUCCACUUACCCGCCACCUUUGUUCAGUAAUUUUAAUUUUGGAUUUCCACGUGGUGAAAGUUAUGACGACGAUGACAAUUCUAGUAGGGGAGGUGUUAGGAAUCAAGUAUUGAAUGCUGCCAUUGGAGCUACCAGAGUUUUUAGUCAAUUUCUCGGAGCCGCAAUAACGGGAGCUGCACAGCAGUUACAGUCUUUCGUGAGAAACAGUACUAAGUACGUCACAGGAGCCGUCGGCGGUUAGUCUGCAUCCUGAUCAUGGAAUCCGGCGCCAAUUGUGAAAUUAAAAAAUACAAACUCAGUAAAUAAACUAAUCAAUUAGUAAUGACAAAAAUCCGAUGAUGAUUGUUAUUAAUAAAUAAAUUGAAUUCAUUUUCCGACCAGAACAACGUGAUUAACUUAAUUUUAUUAUUAA